AUGACUUAUACUCUCCUAUUAUUAUACCCAAACGAGGCAGACACGCCAUUCGAUAUGACUUAUUACUUGGAAAAACACAUGCCCAAAGUCGAAAGGAUCUGGAAAAAGCAUGGAUUGAGGAGCUGGCAUGUAACGAAAUAUGACAGCGUGCUGGACGGAUGGAAGCCUCUAUAUCUGCUCGGGACUACAAUCGAAUGGGGCAGCGAAGAUGACAUGAAGGCCGCUUUGAAGGAUCCUGAUACAGCAGAACUUUUCGAAGACUUCGAAAACCUUGGCAACACUCCACCAAUAUCUGUUGCCGGAAGUGCACCACAUAUUUAA